CACCAGACAGCCCGCCCCGCUUCCUCCUCCGGUCCGAAAGCAAAAGUGGAAGCGAGGCGGCCGCUGGGCUUUCCGAAGACGAUGGGCCCCCCUACUCUUCUCCUCCUGGGUGUGGCGCUGAGCUCCGCUUCUUCUCCGGGCCCCCCCGCGGCAAGGGUGGCCUGCUGGUUCGUGGAGGAAACCGGAGGUGGCGGCUCGGUGAUGCCCAGCGCCUUGAGCCAGCGCCGGGCCCUGUUGCUCCUACCCCCGCCGGGGAGACGAAUGGACGAAAGGCUGGAGCCAGAGGUGCCAGUCGAGGUGGAGCCGGGCUUGGCCUUCCAGAUCCUUGAUCCCUCUGGGAUCCUCUGGGGAGGGAGCGAAUCCAGCACUGCCCCACUCUGGCUAGGGGCAGACCCUGACCAAGUCUCCUGCGAGAUCAACGCUUACUCUCCACAAGAGGCUCACGUCUCCUGGGCGGCAGGGCUGGUGGGCGAGGAGGGCUGCCCUCGCUCCUUGGAGAAAGGAAAAUGGUUCAUCACAACCAUCCAGAACCCAGAAGCAGGUUAUGGGGUCAGCAGCAUCCUUCAUGAAGAAGAGCAGUUGCCUUGGAAACAGGAGGCGGCAGCCAGCAGCAUCACUACGGCAGCAGCAGUCCUGUCUGUGUUCACUCGGACCCCGCAAGUGCAGUCCCGCCUGGGUCAGGAUGUAGUUCUGGAUUGCGGAUUCUCUGCACCAGCUGCCCCCUUCUCGGUGGAGUGGCGCCAUCAGCACCGCGGGGCAGGACGAGUGAUACUGGCAUAUGACGGGGCUGCUGAGCGGAUCUCUGUGUCGGAGAAGGGGGUGGAGCUGUUCCUGGACCCCGAGAGUAACAACAUCUCCCUGUGCCUGCGCAACGUUGGGGUCCACCGGGAGGGCACCUACAUCUGCACUGUCUACCUGCCCCACUUGCACGCCCAGCAGGCCUUGGAGCUGAAGACGGUGGAGCCUCCGCUGGUGACCCUCCGCCCCAUCCCCCUCUUGGUGUCCCCCAGCAGCCAGGCCGAGCUGGCCUGUGAGAUAUCUGGCUAUUACCCACUGGGGGUGUCUGUGAGCUGGAAGCGACAGAGCCCAGGGACUCUUCAAGAAGUGCUCCUUGACACCUGGGAGUCUGGGCACAGGCAGUCACCUGAUGGCACCUUCAGCCUCACCAGUUUUGCCCGCCUGGGAGCUGUUCAGCCCGAAGACCAUGGUGCCUCUUACAGCUGUCAUGUGGCCCACAUUGGGCUGGGGGCUGCUGGGUUGCAAAAGGCCGUGAAGCUCCAUGUGGCAGGCUCCUCUGGACCCUCUGUGGAAGACGCGAUAGGGCUCUUCUUGGUGGCCUUUGUGCUGUACGGGAUUCUGAGGCUGAUCUUCAGGCGCAUCGCUGUCGACACAACCAAAACUCAGAAACUGGAGUAAACUGGGACUGCUGCAGCCGCGUUUUUUUGGGGUCUGGCCUCAGAUCCCUUUGAAGAGAGGAUAGAGUUAAAACUGGUCACAGAUGAAAAGGCUCCCUGCCCCCCCCAAUCCCAUGCUAUGUGUGAUAGUACCCCUGCCCUGCGGGGUGGGGUGCUCGAGACUCUGUUGUGUGUAGUGCUAUAAUGGGAGUGGGUUGGACUCAGGGAUGGUCACGCUCUACUGAAAGACUGUUUUUGUAUGUCUGUUCCUCAUCCUAUCCCUCCACCCCAAUUGCUGCCUCUGUUCGGGGAGUCUCUGGUGAAGGGCAGUGGUUAUAUAACAGGAUAUUUGGCCUCCGUGUAGAAGACUUUGUGUAGAAGACCGAAGAAAUCCAUUGGGCCGUGCUACAUAUUCCUUGCAGAAGACCGUGGGUUGCAGGAGGGGAAUUGGCGCGCUGGCUCUGCAAAAGGAAAGGGAGUGAUUCUUCCCUAACACACAGCUGCCCUGCCAUUUCUUCCUCUGUUCUGACCACAGCAGGAGUAGGAACUGUGCGUGGGAUGGAGGGCUUCUUCACUGAUCUUCUUGGGGGUGAUCAGGGGCAGUCUCCUGCUUGUGUAUGACCCUUCCCCUGACUGCUGAGAACACUGCACGAGUCCUGGGCCUUCACUGACUCUUUCCAUAUGGACUGAGGCAGGUGCACCCUGCGACCGGUUUCCCCCAAAGGCCCACUGUAUGAAAGAGCCAGCUGGGUGCAGUGUUUAUAGAGUGGGUUAUGGAGGAGAGCCAGCGAGGAAUCCUGACAUUGUCAGGAAGAUUACCUCUGCCUAAUUUGCAAAACCCUGUUCUGUCUGCUGGCAGCAAUUGUAAGCCCUGGGGCAGAAUGAGCAUCACUGCUGUGUUUUGUGCAUCUUCCACAAGUGAUAAUAAACACGUUUCAGAAUUGUA